AGAACACCUGUCUUGCUCCUUCACAUUCUUCCUGCAUGGAGACAGUAAUGUGUGCACCAGCGUUGAGAUCAACCAGCACCAGCCUGUGUACCACCUGAGCGAGGAGCACCUGACACUAGCCCAGCAGGCCUCCAGCCCCUUCCAAGUGAUUCUGAGUCCAUUUGGACUGAACGGGACAUUGACCGGCCAGUCCUUCAAGCUCUCUGACCCCCCAACACAGAAGCUCAUUGAAGAAUGGAACCAGUUCUAUCCCAUCAGUCCCACCUCCAAGGAGAGCGCAGAGGACAAAAUGGAGGACAUCGACUGGGAGGAUGACUCACUGGCAGCAGUGGAGGUGCUUGUUGGUGGUGUGCGCAUGGUGUAUCCCGCAUGCCUGGUGUUAGUCCCACAGUCAGACAUCCCCACUGUAACACCUGCCGGGUCCUCUCACUGCAGUGCUGUCUAUUCAAAUGGCCAUCCAGUGCCUACUUCAAACCGUGACCCCGCCAUCUCCUCCGUGACCCUGACCCCUCCCACCUCACCUGAGGAGGCCCAGACAGUUCACUCUCAUUCUGCGCAGAAGUGGAUGCGGUUGCCGAUGGCGAUGGAUGGAUUCAGUGUUGACAGCACCAGUCACCACGGUGGCAAAAUUCCACGAAAGAUGGCCAGCCAGGUGGUCGAAACCGUCUGGCAGGAGUGCAACAUCAACCGAGCUCAGAACAAACGAAAAUUCUCCACCACAGCCUCCAACGGGACCAGCGAGGAGGAGACGCCGAUAAAAGUGGGCGCUUGGGACUUUGUCGAAUCCACGCAGAGAGCAAACUGCAACUGUUCAAGCUGUUCAACUCAGGCCAAGAGCAGCACCGCGGGACUGCUGUCAUUUGCCAAAUAUGUUUUUUGGAAGGGACCUAGCAUGAGAG